AUGCGCUACUUUGCCCACCGCUGGGGCGACGACGUGCUGUGGCGCCUGUGGCUGCCGUCGUCGCACCGCGUCGUAGCCCUGACUAUCGACGACGCGCCCUCGGACUACUCGCCCGACAUUUUGCGCGCCCUGGCCGCCUCGGGCGCCCGCGCUACCUUUUUUGUUGUUGGCUCCCAGGUCCCCGGCCGCGAGGCCGUCCUGCGCGACAUUGUCCGCGCCGGCCACGAGCUCGCCAACCACGGCAUGCACGACGAGCCCGCCCGCACCCUGUCCGACGCAGAGCUCGAGCGCCAGAUCCGCGACACCCAGCGCUACAUUGACGACGCCUACUGGUACGCCUACCACUCGCCCGACGACGGCCCCCCGCCCGAUGACGUGUACGCGCCGCCGCGGCUGAACAACUACUACCGGCCGGGGUCGGGCUUCUUCAGCGCGCGCAUGCGGGCGCUGAUGCGCAAGCUCGGUCGCCGGAUCGUGCUCGGCAGCAUCUACCCGCACGACGCGCAGAUCGGCUACUGGUGGGUCAACGCCAAGCACAUCCUCAGCAUGCUGAGCCCCGGCGGCAUCAUCAUCUGUCACGACCGCCGCAGCUGGACCGUCCCCAUGCUGCAAAAGGUCCUGCCCGAGAUGCAGCGCCGCGGCUACCGCGCCGUCACCAUCACCGAGCUGCUCGACGAGGGCGCUGCGCUGGCGGGGGAUUAA